GUUUAUUUCAAGAUUUGUUUGAUGUUAGAAAUUCAUCUCAAAAAGGUUCUUCCAAAGUUAUCCUUCAAUCCCGGACUGGACCCAGGUAGGCAGCAGACCGCCGCGAGAACCACUACGUCUCCCUCGCUUCUCCGGAGGGGUUGCUGCCUAUAUACUCCAAAAUCCAACACCAUAAAAGCACCACCCAUAGCUUUUUCAAUCUAAUAAAAAGGGUUUAAACUCCUAGUGGGGCAAAAAAAAAGAAAACAAGAUCCACCUCGAAUCCCUCCUCUUCCUCUGUCUAAAAACAUCAAACCUCCUUUCUGAGAAAGAUUUCAUCUUUUCUCUGAUUCUGCAACUAUUUCUCCCAUUUUCGUCUAUCUACUGUACAAUUCUUCUCUCAGUCAGCGGUUUAAUUUCUUGGAUUCCGGCGGGUCGGAAAUCGAAGAUUAUCCGGCGAGCUCUGUGUGGAAAUCAGAGGUGGUGAAAUGAGGGAGGAUGACUCGAAUUGGUUUGCCAAAUGGGAAGAUGAACUUCCUUCUCCGGAUGAGCUCACCCCCAUAUCUCAAACCCUAAUCACCCCUGAUCUGGCCAUCGCUUUCGAUAUCCAGAAUCCCCAAUCUCACCCGCCGCCGUCCUCACAGGCGCCGUUGAUGGCGGACUCCUCCGCGGAAUUCGACUCCGAAUUGGGCUGUGGAGGCGGGGGCGGUGGCGGGCCUUCGGGUUCCGGCGGGGGAGACGAGCCGGCCCGGACCCUGAAAAGGCCCCGCCUUGUGUGGACCCCGCAGCUCCACAAGAGGUUCGUCGAUGCGGUGGCGCACCUGGGGAUCAAGAAUGCCGUCCCCAAGACUAUAAUGCAGCUGAUGAGUGUGGACGGGCUGACUCGCGAGAACGUCGCCAGCCAUUUGCAGAAGUACAGGCUUUAUCUGAAGCGUAUGCAGGGUCUCUCUAAUGGCGGCGGCGGCGGCGGCAGCAGUUCUGCAUCUGGAGGGGUGGAUCCGGCGACGGACCAUCUGUUCGCAAGUUCUCCGGUGCCGGCGCAUUUCUUGCACCCCGUCAGGUCCAACUCCGACCAUUUCUUGCCGUUUGUCCCGGUUGUCUCCCCCUCCGCCGCAAUGCAACACCCCGGCCACCACAUGGCCGCCGCCGCGGUGGUCGGACACCACCACCCGCAGCUCCAGCAACCGUAUGGGCUUUUCGGGUCGCCGCCAAACGGGCACUUUGACCACUCUUCAUUCUUGUCCAGACAAUCACAUCAGCAAAUCCAUAGGAUAGGAGGAGCACCGUAUUUGGAUGAUGUGGAAUCCGCCACGUCAUCUCACCGGAGAAAGGUUCUGACCCUGUUUCCUACCGGCGGCGAUUAAAUUCAGGAACUGUACGUUUAUCCUUUUUCUUGUCCAGCACAUGUAUAGAUUAUUUUGAACAUUUCAAGUUUGGAAUAAUAUUCCUUUCAUGUUAUAGCUGUAGAGUUAUGAUCUGUUUUUUUGUGUGGAUGGGUGUCAUUCCAAAAUUGUCAAUCCCCUGAUCAGAAUUCAGUGUUCCUUCUUCAAGUGAUUUUGUGUGAAAUGUUAAGCUGGAUCUGGUGGAUAUGUUGGAGGGUACUAUUGUAAUUAUGAUUUGGUGGGCAGUCUUGUACCUUUUUUUUGUUGCCUACCAGUGAUCUUGGCCUUUGUUGAUAUGAUGAUAUCCAUCCUCACAUGCAAUAGUGUUGUUCUUACUU